AUGCACACAGAAAGCGAGACGGACAAGAAGAUGCAAGAAAUUCGCUUGAACCAUGAUCCCUUGGAAUUUUCCCGCAAGAAUGAGGAGACUGGAGAUACCUUAGAAGAGAAUGCAGCUGAGAAUGAGGAAUCCUUCCCUGACGGCGGUGUUCAAGCCUGGCGUACGGCUCUCGGAGGCUUCUUGUCAUUCAUUGCCAGCAUCGGCUAUCUUAGCGGUGGAUCUGUCUUCCAGAGCUACUUCAUGACAGUUGUUCUUCCAGAUUCCAGCCCAUCCGAUAUUGCAUGGAUCGGAAGCGUGCAAAUUUGGGGAUGCUUCUUCUUUGGUAUCUGGUCUGGCGCUUUGUCCGAUAAGCAUGGCCCUGCUCUGCCGCUUGCACUGGGGACAUUCUUCAUGGUCUUUGGCAAUAUGAUGUCCUCCCUCUCAACAAAGUACUAUCAGUUCUUGCUCUCUCAGGGAUUUUGUGUAGCAUUUGGUAUGGGCCUUAUAUUCACACCAGCGCUGGCAGUCCAGUCCCAAUGGUUCUUGAAACGACGUGGAUUUGUUGUUGGUCUGGUCAUGUCUGGUCAGAUGGUGGGAGGUAUCAUAUGGCCCGUUCUAGUAAACCGACUCCUCAACUUUGAAGGGGUGUCGUAUAGCUGGACCCUACGCAUUAUCGCGUUUAUGCAGCUUGCCAUUAUGUGUGCUGCGACUCUACUUGUUCGGCGCCGAUUCAGGACCCACAUGGAACGCACUCCUGUGCCUCUAAGGCAAUAUCUUACUGAUGGUCGAACCAUGUUACUCACCUUGGCAAUUCUCAUCAUGAAUCUAGGUCUUUACGUACCAUGGUUUUAUAUUACUCCUUAUGCCAUAAACAGUGGUGCCUCGUCAAGUUUGGGAUUCUAUGAUGCAGCAAUUCUCAAUGGUGGCGCUUUCAUUGGCUGCUAUGUACUGGGCCUGGUAGCCGACUAUGGUCUGGGUAUUUUCAACUCGGUUGUAACAGCCACACUUGCGUGUGCUGCAGUUGCAUUUGGCUGGAUAGGUGCAAAUAGCAGCGCGAGUAUCAUAGUGUGGGCAGUGGCGUAUGGAGUUGUCUCGGGCGCACUCCAGGCAAUUUUUUUGCCCUGCAUAUCCAUGUUGGCGCCUACACCAGAAGUCAUUGGCUCUUGGAAUGUCCUUGCAACCGGCCCAAUAGCUGGGCGGCUGCUUGAGAAUACCGGAGGUAUCGAUUACCUACCAAUGCAAUUGUUUACUGCUAUCUCCCUUGCACUUUCGGGCGCUUUGUUUGUGGUGACCCGACUGUGGAUCUCUCGAGAGGUUUUUAUUUGA